AACCAAACUCAUGUCGUUUCACCAGACGGGAGUUGUUGAUACUUCCCUCGCGACUCGAAGGCUUUUAGGUUUGUUGCCAUUUGCAGCACACAACCGAACCGUCAAUUAUUGGCUUCGCAGGAAAAGUCCAAAACCACAGUGACAGCGAGUGAGGUCAUUUCAUUCAUGCCUUCACUCAUUCGCUCACUCACUCCCACACCGCCCCAGCACCACACGUUACAUGUUUUAAAAAAGACCAAACCCUUCAUAAAUCAAUCAUAAUUCUCUGACUCAUGGACCAAAUUAACUAAGCACCAACGUGACCUUUCCAAUCUCGCACCGCAAGCGACAACACUCCUCACAGCCCAGCACAGCACGUUAAAAAUCGAAACCCUCUUUGGGACAUUUUUACGAACACCUUCCAGUAAGAGUUUGUUACUUUUUUUUUUUCUCAAGUGUGAGGAUGAGUUUCAGGGAAGAGAGCGGAGAUGCGAGGGAUCUUCAGAAGCCCUUCCUCCACACCGGAAGUUGGUACAAGAUGGGUUCACGGCAGUCCAGUAUCAUGGGAUCCUCCACUCAGGUUAUCCGCGACGGCGCCGUUUCGGUCCUCUUCUGCGUUCUCAUCGUCGCCUUGGGGCCAAUUCAAUUCGGCUUCACGUGUGGGUAUUCUUCUCCGACGCAAGAGGCAAUUGUCCGUGAUCUAAAGCUCUCGGUUUCGGAGUUCUCUUUGUUUGGAUCUUUGUCGAAUGUGGGAGCGAUGGUGGGAGCUAUAGCUAGUGGUCAGAUAGCUGAAUAUGUUGGGCGCAAAGGGUCCUUGAUGAUUGCUUCGAUUCCCAAUAUUAUAGGGUGGCUUGCUAUUUCUUUCGCCAAAGACUCCUCAUUUUUGUUUAUGGGGAGGUUGUUGGAAGGUUUUGGCGUUGGGAUUAUCUCUUACGUGGUGCCUGUUUAUAUAGCUGAGAUUGCACCUCAGAACUUGAGAGGUGGCCUUGGAUCAGUCAAUCAGCUCUCUGUUACUAUUGGCAUUUUGCUGGCUUAUCUGUUGGGCCUUUUUGUCAACUGGAGAGUGCUUGCAAUUCUAGGAAUUUUGCCCUGUACAGUAUUAAUACCUGGAUUAUUUUUCAUACCAGAAUCCCCCAGAUGGUUGGCCAAGAUGGGGAUGACAGAUGAGUUUGAGACUUCUUUGCAAGUGUUGCGAGGAUUUGACACAGAUAUAUCAGUUGAAGUACAUGAAAUUAAGAGAUCUGUGGCUUCAACUGGAAAAAGAGCUGCAAUCCGAUUUGCUGAUCUCCAGAGGAAAAGAUAUUGGUUUCCUUUAAUGGUUGGUAUUGGAUUACUUGUCUUUCAGCAAUUAUCUGGUAUCAAUGGAGUUUUAUUCUAUUCAACUACCAUCUUUGCAAAUGCAGGAAUUUCAUCUAGCAAUGUUGCUACAGUGGGACUAGGAGCCAUUCAGGUCAUAGCAACUGGAAUUGCCACAUGGUUGGUGGACAAAAGUGGCCGGAGGUUGCUUCUAAUUAUAUCCUCAUCUAUAAUGACAGUUAGCCUUCUCAUUGUUUCAGUAGCAUUCUAUCUGGAGGGGGUAGUGUCAGAGGAUUCACAUCUAUACAGCAUUAUGGGAAUACUUUCUGUUGUUGGACUUGUGGUUAUGGUGAUUGGAUUCUCUCUAGGACUUGGACCCAUCCCUUGGCUUAUAAUGUCUGAGAUACUUCCAGUGAAUAUAAAGGGCCUUGCUGGCAGUAUAGCGACAAUGGGAAAUUGGCUGAUUUCUUGGGUGGUUACGAUGACCGCCAACUUGCUUUUGAAUUGGAGCAGUGGAGGAACAUUUACAAUCUACACAGUAGUAGCUGCCUUUAGUGUUGCUUUUGUAUCUUUAUGGGUCCCUGAGACCAAGGGAAGAACAUUGGAAGAAAUUCAGUUUUCCUUCCGAUAGAUAUGUUUUGGGAGAGCACACAGAUGCUGUACUGAUUUUGGCUGAUUCUCCAACGGGCGGGUAGCCAAUUUAAGGAAUAAAGUGAUUGUAGUGGUAUUCAACAAUAACUGCAACAACAACCAGAAGUACUAUGUUUGGGCUAUUUAUUAUGGUAUUUAUUGUAUUGUGGAACAUUGAUGUUGAAAUGCGGAGGUGCAAUCCAUAGGUUUCAUACA